GCAAUCAAUCUUCUUCUCCCCUCUCCCCUGGGGUUUUUGCUCCUCUGCUCAGCUCUGAGCUUCUUCGUUUGAGGGAUUUUCUUCUCCCGGGAGGCGGAAGAGGCGUAGGCGAGGAUUCUUGUAGGAAUCCUCUCCUCUCCAUUGAUGCACCGAAUGGCUUCUCUUCUUCUCCCCCCGCAGUUUCUUUGCUCCCUGCCUUGUAGUACCAACUCAAUCAGGAGCCAUUUACAUUAUAAGCCCCACUUCUUGGGAAACAUUAUGACUAAGCCUAAAGCUAAAAUGAGGCUGCUCAACCGAAACGUAAGUUCCAUGGCAAAGAAGAGCUCUCAAGAUGUAGCAGAAGGUUCAAGUGAUGAUGAGAGUGACGGCGAGACAUCAAAAACCAAGAAAAGAGCUCCGAGACGUGGAAGAAAGAAAGCCACCAUACAAGCAUCAGAAGGGGAAACACAAGAAGGUCAAGUGAGCACUGAAGAAGAUGAAUCCCCUGAAGGGACUAAGAAAAUAAAAAGGAGGGGCCGCAAGAAAGCUGCAACUACUGCAAGCUCAUCGGAAGAGAAGGACAAAGCAAAAGAACCAAAGAAGAGGGGCAGAAGAAAAGUUAAGACUGUAGAGGAAUUGAGUGACAAUGAAGGGGAAGAUCUGGGUGAAGAUCUAGUGCCCUCCAAUGACAGGCAGGAGAAAAUUUCAGCAAAUGACCUAGAAAGUAAAAUAGCAGCAUUGCUAUUAGAAGAUACUGAUGAUAAUGAUAUUAACAAUUUAAUCCCUCUUGUGUGCUGCUUUGGGCCUGCUAAGUACUCAUUUAUUCCUUCUGGAAGACCUGCUAAUAGGCUGAUAGAUCAUGAAAUUCAUGAGGGAAUGAAAGACAUGUUCUGGUCUCCAGAUCAAUUUGUAAGGGCACCAGGAGGAUCAUCAUCCAAUGUUGCUCUUGCUUUAGCAGCUUCUGGUGGCCGGGUUGAAUUCAUGGGAAAACUAGGCGAUGAUGAUUAUGGUCAAAGUACAUUAUAUCACUUGAACGUCAAUGGAGUUCAAACUCGGGCAAUUAAAAUGGACCCUUCAGCGUUUACUGCCAUGUCCUUGAUGAAGGUCACAGGUAGGGGUAGCUUGAAAAUGAGCUGUGCUAAACCUUGUGCAGAGGAUUGUUUUGUCCAAACUGAUAUCAACCCAGCUGUUUUAAAAGAGGCUAAGAUGUUUUACUACAAUUCUUCAGCUUUGCUUGAGCCCACGACACGAUCAUCAUUGUCGAAAGCAAUUGAGGUUUCCAAGAAAUUUGGUGGUGUAACAUUCUUUGAUCUCAAUCUUCCACUGCCAUUAUGGUCGUCCAGUAAGGAGACCAAGUCACUUGUCAAGGAAGCAUGGGAAGCUGCUGAUAUUAUUGAAAUCACUAAGCAGGAACUUGAGUUCUUGUGUGGCAUUAAACCAUCUGAGAAAUUUGGUACGAAGGAUAAUGAUAAAUCCAAAUUCACUCACUACAGCCCAGAAGUUGUUACGAAAUUGUGGCAUGAAAAUCUCAAGGUCCUUUUUGUGACAAACGGCACUUCUAAGAUUCAUUAUUACACAAAAGAGCAUGAUGGCUGGGUUCGUGGCACAGAAGAUGCACCAAUUACUCCUUUCACCGGUGACAUGUCACAAUCAGGUGACGCCAUUGUUGCAGCUCUGAUGAAGAUGCUGGCAAUUAACCCUCACCUGGUCACUGACAAGGAUUACUUGCAUACUGCAAUGAAACAUGCUAUUACAUGUGGUGUCAUUGACCAGUGGUUACUUGCACGAGAACGAGGGUUCCUUCCCAGAGAAAGAGCAGAUCCAACCAGUGAACAGUUUGGAGUGAGAUUCGUCACAGAGAAGGAAUACCGUACACUUCCUGAUUCCAUACAUACAGAGGAUUCAUCAGAGAGUGAGCUUUUAUAUGUGGAGUGAACAAAGAAAAUGCAGAGGCAUGUAAUUUUCAAUAGAGGGAAAAACCUACAGACAUCUGGUGAUUUUUCUUGAAGCACCAUUUAUGGGAACUGCUGCUCUUAACUGGAGUUGGUAUUUAGAAGAACUAGUUGUAACCUGCAGGCUCUAGGUUUAUUUUUUAACACAGGGUAAUAGCCUCAAGAUAAACUAACACAUCUGUAUUGUCAAAUUUUGGGUUAAGAUUUUGUUGUAAAUGUGCAUGAUUAUGGGUGUCAGAAAUUUUUCCUAGAACAGAUGGAUGCUAAUUAUAUAUUUCACUGCAACUCCACUAUUCUACCAGAUUACCAAUUGUAUAAUUAAGCUAUCAGUUAUCAAUUUAUCUUCGCAGUGGUGUGCUGCCGGUGCUACUGUGCAAUGAAG